AUGGCUGGAUCUCCCCGGCCGGCGCCGGCGACGGGGCCGGCGACGACGACGGACGGCAGCGCCAGGAUCACAACACAUUCACUCCUCUCCUCUCCUCCCGUCCAGCAGCAGCAGCCACCUCCAUUGAUGUCCUCCUCUCCUCUCCUCCCUUCUGUCUCUCAGCUGCUCCUCCUCCUCUCCUAUCCUCCCUUCCGUCUCCCAGCUUCUCCUCCCUCCCUUCCAGCUGCCCUCCCUCUCUUCCUUGCGGCUGCUGCUGCAAGCGUGCAGCUGUGCAAGGGAGGACUGCACGACGAAGAUGCUCCCUUCAAGCAUGCAGCGUGCAGCGUAGAGCAGCCAGCGAGACAAGAAAAGGCUCUGCAGCAGCCAGGGGACGACCAGGGGACUCGUCCAGGGUCAAUUAAUCGUAUUGGACGACGACUAAUCGUCCUGGACGACCUGGACGGUCCCCCAGCGGGGGGCAACACUCUACGCAUACUUGUGGCGACGGAUUGCCACCUUGGCUACCUUGAGAAGGACGAGGUGCGCAGAUUUGACUCCUUCGCCACAUUUGAAGAGAUCUGCUCUUUGGCCGUAAAAAAUAAGGUGGAUUUCCUACUCCUUUGUGGCAAUUUGUUUCAUGAGAACAAACCUUCCAAUUCGACAUUGGUGAAGGCCAUUGAGAUCCUGCUGCGCUAUUGCAUGAACGACUGCCCAGUUCAGUUUCAGGUGAUCAGUGAUCAAGCAGCCAGCCUCCAGAACAGGUUUGGUCAAGUGAAUUAUGAAGACCCAAACUACAAAAUUGGCUUGCCUGUGUUUACCAUCCAUGGGAACCAAGAUGAUCCUACUGGACUUGAUAACCUGUCAGUAAACGAUAUAUUGACAGCAGGAAAUCUUUUGAAUUAUUUUGGCAAGACAGAUCUUGGAUGCACCAGUGUUGGCAAAGUAAAAAUUUAUCCACUAUUUAUCAGAAAGGGUGAAACUUAUAUUGCCCUAUAUGGACUUGGCAAUAUUAAGGAUGGGAGACUCAAGAGAAUGUUACAUGAACCUGAUGCGGUUAACUGGAUGCAACCUGAAAUCCAAGAUGAGACACUGGGCCCUGACUGGUUCAACAUCUUGGUCCUUCACCAAAAGAGGACACGUGGAAGUCCUAGAGAUGCCAUAAGUGAGCUCCUCUUGCCACGUUUUGUGGACUUGGUAAUUUGGGGCCAUGAGCAUGAAUGUCUGAUUGAUCCCCAGGAGGUUCCUGGAAUGGGUUUCCAUAUCACCCAACCAGGCUUCUCAAUUGCUACCUCACUGAUCAAUGCUGAAGCAAAUCCAAAGCAUGUGCUCUUGUUGGAAAUCAAGGGGAGAGAGUACAGGUCAACCAAAAUACCUCUGCAGUCUGUUAGACCUUUUGAGUAUGCAGAGGUUGUACUGGAGGACCAGGUUGAUGUUGAUCCUGGUGAUGAAGCAACCAUUUGUGAGCAUUUGCACAAAGUUGUGAACAACCUUAUUGAGAAGAGCAGGGAAGGAGCACCCACUGGAUCAAAGCCUAUGCUUCCAUUAGUUAGAAUAAAGGUCAAUUACACUGGGUAUUCGAUGAUAAAUUCAAAGCAAUUUGGUCAACACUAUGUGGGCAAGGUUGCAAACCCACAAGACAUCCUUCUUCUUACAAGAUCAAGGCAAAGGCAUCAAACUAUGCAAGAAAGCUGUAACAUUUCUGAAGAGCUUUGUACAAAUGAUCUCAACCAGGAGACAGUUGAAGCGCUUAUUGCAGACAGUAACUUGAAACUGGAGAUCCUUUCCGUAGACGAUUUGAACAGUGCAAUCAAUGAUUUUGUCAAGGAGGACGACAAGACGGCAUUUCACGCUUGCCUGCAGCAAAACAUCGAGGAAGCGAUAAACAAAUUGACUACUGCCAAAGAGGAUUCUGUUGACCAAGAAAAACUCCAGGAAAAGGAAAGCCAAUCCAAGGAAAGAACAAGCUCCCAAAAUCUGCAGACUGACACACUCAGCGUGUUUGAGAAGCAGAAGUGCUUGACGACAACAGAGGAGAAGGAGCAGCAGGCCCUUGACUCGGAUGAUGAUGAACCCAUCGAAUCUUCAGACCCGGAGGAGAGUGGUAGCCAGCAAGCAGGAAAGAAGAGGCGAGCGGCACCGGGCGGCGGAGGAUCUACAGCUGCCAGUUGGAGGAGGAAGACGGACCUGGCUUCGUUCCAGAGGGUUCCGGCGAAGGAAGACGACGCCAACGCGGCCAAGAAACGACGGGCUCCUAUUGCCGCCGGGAGGUAUGGGGCUGUGAUCAGGAGGAAUUGAUGAGCUAGAUCGGCGGCCGGAAUGACUGUGUUCCUUUUGGGAGUGUAGCAUUGGAGCGAUCUCAAUUUCUUUUGGGAGUAGCCUCUGGGUGAACUGGCUAGUGGCUACCGUACUGAAUUCAAUCUUUAGGUUCAUGGUUCCAGUGGAUUCUGCAUUGGGCUUUGCUAAUUGACUGUAUUCCUGAUCAAUGCCGCAUUAUUGGUCUUUCCUAAUUGACUGUAUUCCUGAUCCUGAAUCCUGAUCAACUAGUUACUAUAUCUA